GCGAGGAGCAGCUGAGGCGUGAGCACGAUGCGACUCUGCAUCUGGCAUACAUAGAGCUGGCCGAAUAUCGUGCAUCACAUAUGCACGACGAUUCAGAGUACGACGCUCACGUUGUGCACAUCACGGUCCUCCAGAAGGCGCUGAAGGAGCGUGACGAGCUGCUGCGGCGCUCAGAGGCAGACCUGGUGGCGGCGCGGGAAGAGGCGCGAGAGCGCGGGACUGAAACCGAGCGGCUGGGCACCGAGGCCGCGGAGCUGAGAGCGAACAUGCGCGACCUCUUUACCAACCAAGAGGUGCAGCAGACCGAGGUGGACAACCUGCGGCAUGAAGUACUGGAGCUGCAGCAACGACUGCAGGAGGCUAACGCUUGCUGCGAGGAGACCGGCAAUUCUCUGGAGCAACAGACGGACUUUCUCAAGGCCGAGCUGGGAGUCUCCAGGGCAGAGGAGGCCGCGAGGGCACAGGAGGUGGUGCAGCUGCAGCACACACUUCAGCACACGGAUGCUGAGAUGGAGUGCAUGCACGGCCAGAUUCGCCGGGCUGCAGCACCAGCUGAAGGAGUCGGAGGGGCACGUCCAGGCACUUGGGAUGGAGAAGGCGCAGCAGCAGGACGCGCACCGGAAAGAGGCCUGCGAGCUGGCGACAGGGCUGGAGGAGGUCCGGCUCACCCUCACCGAUGCUUUUAAGCAGUUCGAGCGCAACUCCAAGAAGGCUCAGGAGGACGAGGACACAAUCACUCGGCUGAGGGAGGAGCUCAAGGCGAGCAAGGAGGAGCUCGCAGCGAGUGAGGCGGAGCGCACCAGUGCCCAGCCGGAGCUCUCCACCCCCCAACAGGGACUGUCGGCGCUGCAGGAUCAGCUGACCACGUCCCAAGCUGAGAAUGAGGACACUCUGCGUCAGCUGUUCGAGAGGAGCCAGGAGCUGGGAUUCCUGCAUGCGGGGAUUCUUUGGUAUCAGCGUAUGCUGGCCGAGCUGCACACAGAGCUGGAGCAGUACCGCGAAAACGCACAGAUCGGACGCUCACAGCUGCAGCAUUUGGACAUGCUGCGCCAGCAGAGCGAGGCGGAGCUCAUCGAAAAGAAUGAGCAUCUGGGAUCCCUGCAGGUGGGGAUUUUGGGUUACCAGCGUGUGGUGGCAGAGCUGCACGCUGAGCUGGCGCCAUGCCAAGAAAACCUGCAGAGCAUUCACUGUCAGCUCCAGGAUCUGCAAGUGCUGCACCAGCAGAGUGAGGCGAAGGUGAGCAAGUGCUGUUAGCGAGCACCUAUGAAGUCCGGCAUGGCACAAACGCACAUAUAUACAGUAAUACCAUUAUUUACGCCCUCCCGUUGUACGUACUUUCACUAUUAACGUACUCAAGUCAUUGAUAGCCAAUCACAUGUUAUGUACUGUGGUACCUUGCCAUAGCAUACUUGAGAUUUACGAACUUUACUAUAAAGACCCACCGACAGUAAGGCACCAGAUGACGCCCAAGCGUUUGCAUCUCUGACUACAGUAGUCACUUUCAUGUGUACAUGUGUAGUGACUAACUCAGAGACAGUAAGACUUUUAGGCGCUUCUUUUAUUUAACGAGCACCAUUGGGAUAAUACAGACACCCUACGUGGGUACACACUAUUACCGUUGCUUGCCUAUACACAACACUAACCAUCUAACACUGACAGCACUGAACGGAGACAGCGAACACCUAUCUAGCAGCGUAAUAUCGAGUGAAGACGGCAGCGACGAUGGCGACAAGACGACAGCGACGAGACGAAAACGACGAUGACGAGAUGGUGACGACGACUAUCUUAUAUAUACGAACAGCACGACGAGGAUCCCACUUCCAGCAACAGCCACAAGGUCCCUCACAGGGGCCCUUCUUAUACUCUCAGCGUGGCCUCGCUCCGCCACGGCCACGCCCCCUCUCUGGAACCUACUAGCGGGUUCCCGAUGGCCCCCCCUCUGUGACCUUUCCUCUAGAUGUCCCCCUCUCGUGUCUAUCGUGGCCUGCUGACGUGGGUACUACCAUACACCGCAGUUACCCUUUUUUACCAGCAGCCAGCGCUAUGCCACUACACAUACUCUAUCAAUAUUUUUUCCCCACAUACCGGAUUUAUGGUGAAUAUUUUUCAAGUGUAAACUAAUUUUACAUGAUAAACAACUAAUAAUACACAUAGUAUAAUAGACAAAUGUAUCAAUAAUAUGGCAGUCCUCUACUUACGAACGCAUUUAGUUCCUGAGGCCCAUUCAUAAGUCGGAACGGUUCGUAAGUCGGAAUACAAUAAUGUGCGAUAUUUAAAUUCCCAUAUUGUCAGUGUUAUAAAAUGUGUUAAGGUUCAACAAAAGAGUUAAACUCGUAAAUAAGAAAUCAUGUACAUUUGCAUUAACACUAAAAAUAUAGUGUAUCGUAAGUAAUACAUAAAAUGUAGUAAAAAUAUUUUUUAUUUUCACUCACCGCUUUCAAAUCACAAGCGUGCUCACCGCUACACUUCCGAUCCGCACAAAGAUCCACCGUGUAGCUUUAAUAGGCUGUUGGGGCACGUGCUGUUAGCGAUAGCCUAUGAAAGCCAGCACGGCAUGCGAGGGGUUGUGUGCCAGCACCACACCCAGCUGCAUUUGUGUCCCGAGUGGUGAUGUUUAUACAGCGCGCUAGGUGCUCAUUUGAGGC